AUGUCGCAGCGUACACUCGGAACCCUCAAACGUGUCUUGAUAUAUCCGACCUACGAGAAUGCAGUCGCAGCCGUUUACCCCUUCAAGGGCGUAGUCUACUUCAUCGGCCACCCGUUUCUCUACCCACUCCUACGGGCCCGCCUUCUUCCCGCCUUCCUUCUCAGUGCCUUCGUCCUCCUGAAUCUUUUCUUCUGGACCUACCUUCCGCAAGUGGCCUUCCUGGCUCUAUUCCACAAAUCGGGAAGUGCCUGGUUCAAUGGCACGUUCUUAGUGCUUGGUGAAGGAGCAGCCGUAGUAGCUAUCCUGUUUGAGGCUUUUCUGGUGGAUGAGUCACAAGUGGAUAUAUUCGACGCUGUCAUGGUCCAUAAAGGCUACGAAGACCUGAUCCGUCCCUUCCGGCCGGUGUCUGAGGCCUCAUUGAACGACCCCAUUCGACGUCUCGGGAAGCCAACGAGAUCCUCCGUGUAUGGACCAUUCUCGUUCCGCCAGAUUACGGAGUUUAUCUUUCUACUACCCCUUAAUUUCGUGCCGUAUGUCGGGGUGCCGCUCUUCCUGCUGCUUACGGGCUACCGAGCAGGCCCGCUACAGCAUUGGCGGUACUUCAAGCUGCGAGGAUUCGAUAGGAAACAGCGGAAUGCAUUUGCGAAAAGGAGAAGAUGGCAGUAUACUUGUUACGGAACCUUGUACCUGUUUUUACAGUUGGUGCCUGGCCUCAGUAUGUUCUUCCUGUUAACAGCGGCCGUGAGCUCUGCUUUGUGGGCGGCCGAUUUGGAGUUUCAACGACGACAAGUUGAGGCCCCAGCAAGCCAAUCAUCUAGUUAUAGGGACGAGCCUGGGGACGAGUCGGGACACGAUACUGUUUGA